CUCCCUCAGGCACAAUGACAAUAAGACCUUCCUGGUGUGGAUCAACGAGGAGGACCACCUGCGGGUCAUCUCCAUGCAGAAAGGGGGCAACAUGAAGGAGGUGUUCACCCGCUUCUGCAAUGGUCUCAGCCAGAUUGAAACUCUCUUCAAGUCCAAGAACUACGAGUUCAUGUGGAACCCUCACCUGGGCUAUAUCCUCACCUGCCCGUCCAACCUGGGCACGGGGCUGCGGGCAGGUGUGCACAUCAAGCUGCCUCACCUGGGCAAGCACGAGAAAUUCUCGGAGGUGCUCAAGCGGCUGCGGCUUCAGAAGCGAGGCACAGGUGGUGUGGACACGGCCGCCGUGGGUGGGGUCUUUGAUGUGUCCAACGCAGACCGUCUGGGCUUCUCGGAGGUGGAGCUGGUGCAGAUGGUGGUGGAUGGUGUGAAGCUGCUCAUCGAGAUGGAGCAGCGGCUGGAGCAGGGCCAGGCCAUUGACGACCUCAUGCCUGCCCAGAAGUGAAGCCUGGCCGCGCACACCACCAGCCCCGCCGCUUCCUAACUUAUUGCCCGGGCAGUGCCCGCCACGCACCCCUGACGUUCGCCACCUGGCGAGCCCUUAGCCUCGCCGUAGAGACUUCUUCUGUCGCCCUUGGUAGAGUUUAUUUUUUUGAUGGCUAAGAUAUUGCUGAUGCUGAAAUAAACUAGGGUUUUGGCCUGCCC